AUGGAAGGGAAACAGCCAGCAGGGAUGAAGCCAAGCAGGAGCACCAAAACCUCUACAGCAGCCCGUAGGGAGGGCAGAGAGCCCUUGGAGCAGUCCACCAGUGACGUGGAAGUGGAAAACGAAGGCAUCAGGCAGCCUGAGGAACGUCCUGCUCAAGCCGGCUCAGAUGAGGUGGCUGAUAAUCGCAGUUUAGAAGAGAUUUUGGGUAGUAUUCCUCCUCCCCCACCUCCAGCAAUGGCCAACGAACCCGGUGCUCCUCGGCUCAUGAUAACUCACAUUGUAAACCGGAACUUCAAAUCCUAUGCAGGGGAGAAAAUCUUGGGACCUUUUCAUAAGCGUUUUUCAUGUAUUAUCGGCCCAAAUGGCAGUGGCAAAUCCAACGUCAUUGAUUCCCUGCUUUUUGUCUUUGGCUAUCGAGCACAAAAGAUCAGAUCCAAAAAACUCUCAGUGCUGAUCCAUGAUUCUGACGGGCACACAGACGUCCAGAGCUGUUGUGUGGAAGUUCACUUCCAAAAGAUCAUUGACAAGGAAGGAGAUGAUUAUGAAGUCAUUCCUAACAGCAAGUUUUAUGUAUCCAGAACUGCCUAUAGAGAUAAUUCCUCUGUCUACCACAUUGAUGGGAAGAAAACGACAUUCAGAGAUGUUGGGAUUCUCCUGCGAAGUCAUGGGAUUGACCUGGAUCAUAACAGAUUCUUAAUUUUACAGGGGGAAGUGGAGCAGAUUUCCAUGAUGAAGCCCAAAGGGCAGACAGAGCACGAUGAAGGCAUGUUGGAAUAUUUGGAAGACAUAAUCGGAUCUGCACGACUGAAAGAGCCAAUCCAAACUCUGUGCCGCAGAGUAGAGAUCCUGAAUGAGCAGAGAGGGGAAAAGUUAAAUCGAGUUAAAAUUGUGGAAAAAGAAAAAGAUGCCUUGGAAGAGGACAAGAAUAAAGCCAUUGAGUUUCUUUGUUUGGAAAACCAGAUAUUUAAAGAGAAGAAUCACAUCUAUCAGUACUACAUCCAUGACCUAAAGAAACGAAUAAAAGACCUGGAAGUGCAGAAAGAAAAAGUCAAUGAAGAAACAAAAAUUAUUAAUGAGAAAAGCAGUAAACUUGCAGAGGACACAAAAACCAAGACUAAAGCUUUGAAAGAACUUGAAAAGAAAUUCAAUAAAAUAACAAAGCUCAUAGAGGAAAAGAAAGAAGUAUUUAGUCAGUUGGAUUUGCAGGAUGUGAAAGUAAGAGAAAAUCUAAAACACACCAAAAGCAAGGCUAAAAAACUGGAGAAGCAGCUCCAAAAGGACAAGGAGAAGGUAGAGGAGCUGAAGAAUGUCCCUUCCACCCACACAAAUGCUGUUGCUGAAGCCACAGCCAAGAGGGAAGUGCUGGAAAAGGCCAAGGAGAAAGAAGAAGGAAAACUCAAGGAUGUUUUGGCCAGUCUUCAGGAAGAGACAAAGGGAAUUCAAGAGGAAAAAGAGGGCAAAGAGAAAGAGCUGAUGGAGUUCAGUAAGGAAGUGACUGAUGCUCGUUCCAAGAGGGAUAUAGCCCAGUCGGAGCUGGAGAUCUACCUCAGCCGCUACAACACUGCUGUGGCUCAGCUCAACGAGGGCAAAGAGGCUCUGCUGAGCACCUCAGAGACUCUGAAGGAAAGGAAAGCUGCAAUCAAAGAUAUAUCUGUAAAACUGCCCCAGGCUGAACAGCAGCUGAAGGAGAAAGAGAAUGCACUGGAGAAACUGAAGAGAGAAGAGUCGGGUGUCAAGGGUGUGGUGCGAGACCUGCGCUACAAAGUAGAAGAAGCCAGAAGUUCUUUAUCACAAAGUCGUAGUCGAGGAAAAGUGCUUGAGGCUCUGCUCCAGCAGAAGAGAUCUGGGAAUAUCCCUGGCCUGUAUGGAAGACUGGGAGACUUGGGAGCCAUCAGUGACAAGUACGACGUGGCCAUUUCCUCGUCCUGUGGAUCUCUGGACCACAUUGUUGUAGACACCAUUGACACUGCUCAGGCAUGUGUGAACUUCCUGAGGGCAAGUGGAAUUGGAGCUGCCGCAUUUAUAGCCCUGGACAAGAUGAGUCACUGGGAAAAGAAGAUGGAAAAGAUCCAAACUCCUGACAACGUCCCUCGGCUGUUUGACCUGGUGCAGGUGAAGGACCAGGAGGUCCGUCGGGCUUUCUACUUCGCCCUAAAGGACACUCUGGUGGCUAAGGACUUGGACGAAGCUACCAGAGUGGCAUUCCAAAAGGAUAAAAGAUGGAGAGUGGUCACUCUGAAAGGAGAACUCAUUGAGAUGUCAGGAACCAUGACUGGUGGUGGGGCGAAAGUCAUGAAGGGCAGAAUGGGAUCCUCAGUUGUGAUGGAUAUCUCAGAAGAAGAGAUCAGAAAGAUGGAAUCCAAGUUGCAGCAGGAUUCCAAGAAAGCUCUGCAGUGUGAAGAAGACAAGUUACAACUUGAAGACGACAUAAGGAGACUGGAGCAUGACAUUAGGGAGAUGAGAAAUACCUCUGAGAAGUACACAGCAAGUAUCAAGAGUUUUUCUGAACAAGAAGUUUAUCUAAAAGGACAAGUCAAGGAACUCGAAGCUAACGUCGUUGCUGUUACUCCAGACAAAGCCGAACAGAAGAAGCUGGAGAAAAUCCUCGAUGACUAUAAAAAAGAGCACGACCGCUUGGCCGCGAUUGCUGCUCAGAUGGAGAAGGAGGUGAAGCGACUGCACAACCUCAUCGUGGACACCAACAGUCGCAGACUGAAGGAACAGCAGGACAGAGUUGAUGAGAUUGACAAAGAAAUAGAUGAAUAUUCCUCAGCCAUCACCAAAGCCCAGGUGGCAGCCAAGACUGCAGAGAGAAACCUGAAGAAAUCCCAGGAGGCUCUUCAGCACACAGAGAAGGAGGUGGAAGAUAAUGAGAAGGAAAUGAAAGCCUUGACAGCAGAGCUGACUGCCCUAGAGGACAAAGCCACAGAGGUGAUGAAUGACUGCAAGCAGGCAGAAGAGGCAUUGCCAGCAGUGCAGGAGGAGCAGAAGAGUUUACUGCAGGAGAUUGAGGCUAUUAAAGAAGAUGAACACUCACUGCAGAGUGAAGCUCUGAGCAUCAAACUGAAAAUUGAACAGAUUGACAAUCACAUUUCUACACACAAGUCAAAGGUUAAAUACUGGCAGAAAGAGAUCUCCAGAUUAGCCCUGCACGCCAUAGACGACAAACCCCCUGAGGAACUGCCAGUCCUGAGUGAGGAAGAGCUGGAGGCUCUCAAGGACCCAGAUGUGAUCACCAAGAGGAUUGCUCUGCUGGAGGCACAGCAGCACACGAUGAAACCCAACCUGGGAGCCAUCGCUGAGUUCAGGAAGCAGGAAGAGCUGUACCUGAAACAUGUGGCUGAGCUGGACAACAUCACCAGUGAGAGAGACAACUUCAGACAAGCCUUUGAAAAUGUCAGGAAACAAAGGCUGAACGAAUUCAUGGCAGGAUUUAAUGUCAUCACAAAUAAGCUGAAGGAGAACUACCAGAUGCUCACCUUGGGAGGGGAUGCUGAGCUGGAGCUUGUGGACAGUCUGGAUCCCUUCUCUGAGGGAAUCAUGUUUAGCGUGAGGCCUCCCAAGAAAAGCUGGAAGAAGAUCUUCAACUUGUCAGGAGGAGAGAAGACCCUGAGCUCCUUAGCCCUGGUGUUUGCCCUUCAUCACUACAAGCCAACUCCUCUGUACUUCAUGGACGAGAUCGACGCAGCACUUGACUUCAAAAACGUCUCCAUUGUGGCAUUUUACAUCUAUGAACAAACAAAAAAUGCCCAAUUCAUCGUCAUCUCCCUGCGAAACAACAUGUUUGAGAUUGCAGACAGGUUAAUUGGGAUUUACAAGACCCAGAACACCAGCAAAAGUGUAGCCACCAACCCCAAAACCAUCUCUGCCAAGGGCCUGGCAGAACUCGCUGCUCUUGAUCGUGCCACAGACGCAAAAUAA